AUGGCAAGGAAAUCAAGCUCUAGAAAUCUCAUUCAGAGCAAAAAUAGGCAUCGCAAUACAACUCAUGAGAAGAGUAGUCGAAAACAUGUUGCUAGAGCAAGAAGACAUGUGAAAAACCGUCCUUAUAUGCUAACGAACAAAUCGACUCCAGUUAUCUUAGAGGCUAUCCAUAUCUUUAUUAAAUAUAUCAGUGAUAAUAUUAACCUUUUGAACAAUUACAUUUUAUUGAUGAAAAAGGUGACCUCAUUGAAUUAUGAAAGAACAUGUUUGAUCAAGUUUGUUAAAAAAUUACGAUUUUAUAAUGAAACGUUACGUAAUUCACAUCUAUUUAAUAUGGAGAGUGAAGAAGACCGUGAAGAGAAAGAGGAUGAAUUGAAUUUUAAAUUCGAAAACGUAGAUAUUAUCAAUAGAGUGAUCUUAUUGAACUCCAUUUUCAUUAAAAAUCUAGAAACUUUAGAUUUACUGAAUUUCCAAUUGACAAGAUCAUUACAGAAUGAGAUUUGGAUGAAAACUUUGAAUGAGAAACUGCUAAUACCGGAAAAGAAUGUUGCGAUGAUAGAAGACGUGUAUAACCACUAUAUCAAGUUUAUUCAAUGGCUGUCUGAAACUAUAGGAAUGCACGAUAGUACAGGUCAAUUGGAAGUGAUAACACAAACCAUUAGAUAUGCACAAGAAGAUCCCUCCCAGCCAUUCCCGAACUCAAUACACGAUGAAGUUGAGACAGAGAAUAUCUUCUUACAGACAGUUAUUCCUUCCAAAAACGAAGAAGAGUAUAUUCAAACAUUAAAAGAAUGGUUAAAUAUACUGACGGCAAAAAAUCAACAAUUCCAAGCCAAUUUUGAAGACAUUACUAGCAUCUGGAAUGGAUUAUUAAAAACAUAUCCAGUGAAGAGAUGA